UUUCUCUUUCUUGACCGACUUUCUCUCUCUAAAAAAAAAUGUCUCGAUUGCUCUCCAAAACCCUAAUUCCCCACGGAAGAUUCUUCCUCCGUCGUUUCAACGAGCCAACGAUUACGCCGACGGCCCCGCCAAACCUCGUCUGUUUCAGCCGCCGCUUUUCAUCAAUCCCACAAGUCAUCGAGCUUGAAAUCGAUUCUAAAACCGAAGCCGAAGCCGCGAUUCUCAAGAAGCUUAACGAAUUCGUCCGAAGGAUCAUCGUUCAUAAUUCAACUCCAGAUUGGCUUCCUUUUGCACCUGGCUCUUCCUUUUGGGUACCACCUCAUCAGAUUACGGCUACGAAGAUCGCGAAUUUGGUCGAUAAGGUUACUAAUCCGUUGACGGAGGAAGAAUCUCUUUCUCUUUCGUCUCCUUAUGGUUGGCCUUGUUCCUCUUUCUUCAUUCCUCCUCCAGAUGAUUCAACAUCUACACAAGAGGUAGAAGCUAGCGUGGAGUUGAAAAUCCCGGGGAAUGAGAUGCUGGAAAUCAAGCUAGCACAUUAUCCAGAUCCUAUUUACUCUUUUAAACCUGAAGACGGUGAGGAGUGACUCGAUACCUUUCCAGCACGAGAGAGCAGGGUAUGGUUCAUUGCAACUAUUACACUGAGAAGACCUUGCUCGCCAAGUUCCGAUGAAGGAGGACUCGCCCGAGUUUGUGAUCAUGAACCGUAUCUUUUCACAGAGACUUUUCUUAUGGGCAGCGCGGUACUGGUUUGUUGUUAUAGAUAGUUGAAUUUGAUACUUCUGCAUAAGUUAAAAACUAUAGUUUUGACCAAUUGAAAUUAGGGAUCAAAGAAUAGUUAAGGUUUGGACAAACAGUCAUUUAUCUCCAAUUCUCCAUCACAUCCUCUCAAGACUCUCAACGAUGAAAUGUUUCUUUUGAAACACAGAUGAACAAACUAAUGUUAUGGUUAACAAGUACUCUUGCCAUUUUGGAAAUCUAAAGUUAUGUAGAACGGUUCGAAUUUGGUCU